AUGAUACCUGUCGCGAGUCCCAAUGAUGUAAAAAUUUAUAAUCUCAGCGCCGGAGUUUCUAUUCCUGAGUGGAUACCUGCUGAAAAAAGAAGAAGAUUAAUUAAAAAACAUGCGCGUCUACGGAAAAAUAUCCAACUUAUCCAGGACUUUGACAUGCCUCAAAUUAGUUCGUGUAUUAAAAUGUCUAGAGAUGGCGAGAGUAUUUUCGCGACCGGAGUUUAUAAACCGAGGGUCAGAUGUUUUGACACCAAGGAACUGUCGAUGAAAUUUGAACGUUGCUUUGAUUCAGAAGUUAUUAAUUUUCAAAUUUUAUCCGAUGAUUACAGUAAACUGGUGUUUUUGCAAAAUGAUAGACAUGUAGAAAUCCAUGCAGCGCAUGGAAGGCAUCACAGACUGAGGAUACCUAGAUUUGGUAGAGAUUUGGAGUACCAUUAUCCUUCUUGUGAUUUAUUUAUUGUAGGAGUCAGCAAUGAAAUCUACAGAUUAAAUUUGGAGCGAGGGCAAUUUUUGAAAUCAUUCGAAUCAGAGUCCUCGGCUAUAAAUAAAUGUGCUAUUAACCCAGAGCAUCAUCUUCUGGUUGUUGGUAACCAGGAAGGAAAAGUUGAAGCCUGGGAUCCAAGGAUUAAAGAUAAAGUCGGAACAGCGACAGGUCAAAUAUUACUCUACGACAUCAGAUCUAACAAACCUUUCUUGGUAAAAGAUCAGAUGAACGGUUUGCCAAUCAGAGGGCUUGAAUUUCAUAAUCAAAUGGAUCUAGUUUAUUCAAUGGAUAGUUCUAUAGUUAAAAUAUGGGAAAAGAACACGGGAAAAUUGUACACAUCAAUACAAUCAACAGCAGAAUUUAAUGACUUGUGUGUGGUACCAGAUUCAGGUUUACUGUUUAUCGCUAAUGAAGAUCCAAAAAUCCAAUCGUAUUACAUACCGAACCUUGGACCUGCACCUUCUUGGUGCCAUUGGUUGGACAGUAUGAUUGAAGAUAUGGAAGAAACUAACUUUGAAACCGUGUACGAUAAUUACAAGUUUGUUACUGAAAAAGAGUUGGAAGAACUAGGAUUCUCGGAUCUUAAAGGCACGAAUAUGUUACGAGCUUACAUGCAUGGUUACUUCAUGGACAUUAGGUUGUGGCGUAAAGCUGUAGACGCCAUAAAACCAUUCUCUUACGAGGAGUUCAAGAAUAAAAAGAUCCGCGAGAAGGUGAAUGAAGAACGUGCGAGCAAAAUCCAGAUUAACAAGCUUCCUGAGAUUAAUAAGGAACUUGCUUUCAAAUUGAGCGAAAACAAAAAGAAAGGAUCUAUUGGUUUACUCAAGGAUGAUCGUUUCAAGGGACUUUUCAGCAAUUCAGAUUUUCAAGUCGACAAAAACUCAGAAGAAUAUGUUCGACACUUCCCAGUUGUUGCACAGCUGGAUAAAAGUAAACAGAAGCAAUUACGCGCUCUUGAAGCUAAAGAGUCUAAAGAAAAAAUACUUACUGCUUUUGACGAAGAUGAACAACGCGAAGACUCCGAUGAAGAGUUACUGCGCCAUGACUCGAGUUCUGACGACGAGAAACCCUGGACUGAGGAAUUUAAAAAGAAGUAUCGGCAGUUAAAGAGAAGUAGAAGGGAAGCUGAAGAGGAUGAAGAAUCAGAAGCUGAUGAAAAAGAAAAAUCUGAGGGUAAAAUUCUGAAACAACCAAAAUUCGUUGAAGUUCAAGAGGGUGUGGAAUUCCGCAGAGGAAAACCCUUUGUGUCGACAAAAAAAAGAUCGACGUUCGACGGAAAAUCAAAAUUCGAAAGCAAUUCAGAUGGUAUUAAGGUGUCCAGAGGGAGCAGAGAGAUGACAUUUAAUAUCAACAGCAGUAAAACAAACGUUGACGCUAGCAGUUCAAAUGGAAAAGACUCUUCUGAAAUUCAGCACCUUGUCGAUACACGCUCAUCAGUGCUAUCAGAUUUACAAUUACGUAGCACAGAGGCCGGAUUAAUAACAGAGACGCCAGAUUACGAAAAUUUAAGCACUUCUGCAGUUCUUCACUACUGCAAAUGCAAAAUCUUGAGACCUUACCUUCGACUUCUUGCAGUGAUGGGCCUGAAACCCACCAAUUCAGAUUCUGAUCAUUUUUCGAGGUACUGCGUACUCUCAAAUUUUCAUACUUUUCAAACAAACGUUGACGCUAGCAGUUCAAAUGGAAAAGACUCUUCUGAAAUUCAGCACCUUGUCGAUACACGCUCAUCAGUGCUAUCAGAUUUACAAUUACGUAGCACAGAGGCCGGAUUAAUAACAGAGACGCCAGAUUACGAAAAUUUAAGCACUUCUGCAGUUCUUCACUACUGCAAAUGCAAAAUCUUGAGACCUUACCUUCGACUUCUUGCAGUGAUGGGCCUGAAACCCACCAAUUCAGAUUCUGAUCAUUUUUCGAGGUACUGCGUACUCUCAAAUUUUCAUACUUUUCAAGUAACUAUUUUUAUGUGCAUAGGAUAUAUUCUUCAGUAUAUGGCUUGCUUCAGAAGAGAUCGUGGAUUUUGCUACAAACUUUUGCCAGUCAAGUACGAAGUAAUUGAAAACAUAACUCGAGCGCAAGCUUACGAGCAAAUUUGCUACGGAAAUGCAAUUUUCAGCUACUUAAUUCCCAGUACUCUUCAUCUGGUAGCAUACUUGUACACUGUUUACUUGUUCCGAAUUCAAGAGAAUGAACAAUUGCCCAAUCUAAUGGAGAGAGCAUUUUUGCUGUCUUCUAAUUCUGUGAAUCGAGGAAAUCAGAAGAAACUCGUAAGAAUCUUAUGGCUUUUUAUUGGACUCAGCGUUGUCUGGAUGACAAUGGCUUUGAUUACUGUCAAUAUCAUGAUGGCGCAAGGAACUAUUAGAUUUCAAUGGCUUGACAAAAGCCCAAAACAAUUGAAAGAAAUUUCUAAAGUAUUUUUAAUUAUUUGUACUUUGUGGCAUGACAUGGUCCAGGGUACAAUAAUUACUAGCUAUUGCUUGCAAGGUCAAUUAUUAGUAGCACAUUUGUCAUUUCUCAAAGUUAGACUACUUGAACAUACUCUUCCAGCUACUGAUUGGAUGAAGGAAAUACUUGAGUUUAAAAAAUUAUUGAAGUAUUUUAACGACGACCUAGGACCAGCUGUUUGUAUUUACACAGUCGUUAACUUGUCAUGGGCCGCAGCAGGAACAGCCUGGUUGCUUCAGUAUGACAGUGUAGACUCCAAAGAAAAUCUUGUUCCGUAUGUCAGCAUUGUCAACGUCAUCCUGUGGAUUAUGAUAUCGGUAGUUCCGUUCAUUCAAGCUGCUCGAUUGACCACUGCUUGUUCAAUGAUGCAAAGUAUCGGCCAUGAAGUUAGAGUCAGACCGUUUGUUUAUCAAGGCACUCCUGGAGAAGAUCUGGACUCUAUUUUGUUGUAUACUUCUUCGCUAAAAAUGAACGCGAGAAUGUUUCGAGUACCAAUUACUGGAAGAUAUCUCUGUUUGUUUCUUACUAUUGGUGCUAUUAUUGUGAUUACUUUGGGACAGUGCCAUUUUUUUUCUUAG